CCUGAUCAGCAAACGAACUGUGUUUUUUUGCCCUUCGAGGUUAGUUCCAAGAGCAGGCGACAAAUGCCAUCCGCGACGAGAGGGAAGACAAAGCAGUUGCCGGGUGGGCCGUCGGGCGCGAAUCUUCCCUCGCCCUCCGUAAGGGGAGGUCGUGAUUUGGCUCAAGGUUCAAGCGAGGCAACAGAGUUUGAUGACAGGAUUCUGCACCAGCGCAAUGUUGGCCGUGAGAAUUCCCAGGGCAGUGCAAUUGCCCUGGACGAGGACAACGACGAGGACGAGGAAGGAGGAAGUGCCGGGCCACAUGACGACGGCGGUAAUGAAGCUAAUGUGGAAGUUGGGGAUGACAACAUGGAGGACCGGGGCGGGCUUGCUGACGAGGACGUCGACACGCAAAUGCAUGGUCAUGAAAUCUCCCCCGCCGGCGCUAAGGGAGCCGCUAUUGGUCAGCCCUCGACGUCCCGUGGAAUUUCGCUAUCGCAAAGCAGGAGUAAGGGUGGGCACGACUCACAUGCAAUGCAAGGACCGAAAGCGAGGAAAAGAACAAGGGAGACUUCUCCGUCUGCUUCUACUCACAAGAGGCAAGCCAGGACUGACGCUGUUAAUGAGGCUCGUGGAGCUUUGACAACGUCCCAGGAGGCGCGGCCUCCUCGGAAGAACAGCCAAGGGGGGCGAUCUGCGGGUCAAGGCGGUGGCCGUGGGGGCGGUGGCCGUGGAGGGGCGCGGAAAGGCUCCCAGAGGAUGAGACCACAAGAGCUGCAGAACUCGGGGGAUGAGGGCGAGGGAGUGGAUCCUCGCAUGCCCGAAGAUGCUGAUGAGCCGGUUCAGCGCGUCGCGCCCAUCGACACUACGCGACCUGAAGAAAAGUAUGGGCCAAACGGUCUGUGCGCUGCUGAAUGGGAGAAGGAACGGGACAAGUUACAUGUCAAUAAGGUGAAGAUGGUCCCUCGACGACUUGGAGGAGUGGAGGAGGUAAGGCAAGGCGCGGGCUUGGGGCCUACGGCGACAAUCUAUAAGGAGGCUCCGUUUCACCUUAAGGUCUUCAUAUACACUGCAAUCGAUAAGCUCGAUUUGCUUCGCGCCGAGGUGAAACGGAUCGCCUCCAGCGCGCGUCAUAUUGUGUGGGACAAGAUUGGCAAACAAACGAUGUUGCUACCUGUGUGCAUGCCAUCGAAGGAAGUGUUGGCAGCGCCAGACGACAUCGUCGCUGCAGCGCAAAAAAUGACAUGCAGGGCCGCCAUCGUGGACAUCCUGUCCUCGAACUUUAGCACGGCGUGGACCUCUCACGAAUUUGAUGCCUUGCACACAUUGAUGACCAAGUGUUGUGGCCAGAAUUGGGUCUUUUUCUUCUUUGCGCCGCAGAAGGUGCAAAGCGAUGUUCUGCGUCACUUGUUCCGCUGGGAGGACGUCGAAGUCAUCCCCGGGACCUGGAAACGGGUGGACAGGUCACCGAACGACAUCACACGAUACGACAAUAUGGCUACGACGAGUCGAGAUAUGAUGGCUAUUGUCCUGCAUGCCGACGGAGGGGAUCUGAAAAAAGUAAAUGUCAAACCCCGACUCCACAACGACCUCACAACCGUGCACGUUGUGGAGGAGAAGUUCUGGAAAUGUCAAGGUAAACACGGUGGGAUAGAGGGCGAUGAUAGUGCGGUGUAUUCCAUCCGGGAGCGAGAGCCUGGAAAGUUACAUUCGUUGUGCGGGUCAUUUGUUGGAGAGGCGGAAGGUGUGCUUUUGUUGGGUAGAGCGCACGCAGGUCUUGUGUGUGAGUUAUUACUGGCAGGUAAUAAUGUCCUUGCCUGCGACGAGUCGGCCAAGGACAUUGCGUAUCUGACAAAGUUCGUCGAUAUACUUGUGAAGGAUGACAGAUUCGCCUGUCAUGUCGAGAAGCUACGUUGCAAACAUCGUAGCAACAGGGACAUGUUCCACAAGUUGGGACGCAAGAGACUGAAGGUGUGGGAAUACCUGUUCCGCGAUGCGCCGCAAGGACGGCUUGACGGGAAUUACAUCUACAGGAAAGCAAAGGUGACAGAGACCCUGAAACAUUAUCACGGUGCUCUUACUGGCGCCUUUGAGACUUUUGUCGCUCGAUGCGAGAUCCUGAAGUUCGAUCUUCAUAAAGACCAGCUGAUGUCCAAGGACUAUGCUGACCUCGCGAAAUCGGGUGACGGCUUUAACCCCGUCAACAGCGAGGAAGAGUCUUCGGGGUCCGACCUCAAAUUGGGCGAUGGCAAGGGUGGUGAAAGUCCGGGCGGUGGCAUGGUGCGGCCACACGAUGAAGGGACCGUUUGCUCGCAUGAAAGACCCAUACAGGUGGCCGCCCCGAGUGUUGGCUCGAUGGUGGCCCCCAUGGAGGGCACCGGUUUGCCAAACAUGGGAAUAUGUGGUCCCAAUGAUGAAGAUAACAUUGAUAUGCCAGACGAGGCGUCGAAGCUCGCACCAGGCGAUCCAAUUCCUCCCAGCUAUUGUGCUGAUCCGACCACAAUUUAUUUCUUGGGGGGCAAACACGCCCGCACUGGUGAGGACAAGUGGGGCGAUGACAUCGUCACAACCAUCAUGUCGAUGUCAGCGGCGCACGCGAGGACAACUCUUAAAGAGGUGAUGCAAUACGCGAAGGGGGGCAUCCACUACGAUGACGACGGUGAGCUCCGACUACUCACGAAGAGAGUGCCGAGUUACUUCGAUGUCAGAGUGAACAUUCGUGCAAGCAUCGCUGCGAACGGAGAGGAGUCACUCAGAGCACGGAUGCUAUUGGCACAGUUCACUGAGGCGCAUGAUUUGCGUGUAGACAACACUGCUGAUAGUAGUGCAUACAGUUUGAGAAAAGUGGUUGGUUGGAUGUGCACARAAGGGAUGUCCGAUGAAGGCGACGUGGAUAUGACAAAGAAGCAGAAGGGGGGCAAUCGGUCAAGAGGUAUGAUUGCAGAGGCAGGAAAGAGGUCCGAGAGGGUGGACGAGGAACACUUGUUCCCGUUCACGUGGACAUCAAGAAGACACGCCAUAGCGAUAACGAAACGGGACGUAUUGCGAUUGGGUGCGCAGCAGUGGCUGAACGACGACGUGAUCGAUAUGUACUUACAGUCCGUCUAUGAAGAACAUUUCCCUGCACAGGACAACACGACACUUCAUGUUUGCACAACUUUUUGGCAUCUCGCAGUGAUCGCCAAUCAGAAGGUUUAUGUUUCGAAAGCAGGAUGGCAGAGCGGAUCAAAAGUAGACCUGCAAAGCUGCAUCGAUUGAGUAAUGAACUGCGAACGAUAGU